AUGGCAUGGGGAAUGGAUGUCAUCGGGCCCAUUGAGCCAUCAGCUUCCAAUGGAUAUCGCUUCAUCUUGGUUGCCAUUGAUUACUUCACCAAAUGGGUGGAAGCAACUUCCCACAAGUCGGUAACCACUAAAGUCGUGGCUAAUUUUGUUAAGAACAAUCUCAUAUGGCGCUUCGGUGUUCCCGAGUCCAUCAUCACAAACAAUGGAGCCAAUUUAAAUAGCCAUCUGAUGAAAGACAUCUACGAGCAAUUCAAGAUAACUCACAGGAACUCUGCUGCUUACCGACCACAGAUGAACGGUGCUGUAGAAGUUGCCAACAAGAAUCUCAAGAGGAUCCUACGAAAGAUGAUUGACAACUACAAGAAUUUGCAUAAACAGUUGUCGUAUGCUUUGUCAGGGUAUAGAACGACCACCCGAACGUCUACUGGGGCAACUCCAUAUCUCCUUGUCAAUGGUACAUAA